AUGGCGUCCACCGCGGCCAACUUGUGGGUCCUUGUCGGCUUGAGCGUGGCAGGAAUCCUCCUCGUCGCGCGGCGGUUCAAGAGGGUCGUCAAGGCUGAUUUCGGUGCCUUCAUCGAGCGGUUCGAGCUACUGCCUCCCCCUCCACCGGCACCGCCCAAGGCCCCCCACCCUCUCGCGUGCCUCUCCUUCGCCGUUGCCGACCUGUGAGUGUUCGAUCCCCGGGGAAAUUCCUCACUCUUCUGCACAUCUGUUUAUUACUUUGAUUCCUUCACCUUGUUCUUGGAGUUUCUGUCCCCGCGCUGCAUUUUUCCGUGAUCGGUGUGUGUGGGAAAUACUUCAACUAUCCACUUUGACGUGUAAAUAUUAGUCAUAGGUUGCGUUGUCUUCUCCGUGGAAGUUGUAGGCUCGAUUGUUCUGGUUUUUUCUGUCUCUAGCGUUGGGAAGCGGAGUUAAUGACGGACGCGUGGUGAACACUAUGUUGAGAGGGUGCCUGUGCUGAGGUUCUAUGAUGGCAUCGAAUAAACAUCAUUGACUGCCUCAAUCUAGAAAAGUGGGACGAUAGCACGAAUUGGUCUUCGCAACAUUAUUGCUAUCUUCAAAAUUAAUUUUCAGAAGUUUACCAGUUUAAAGAGGACACUGUUUAUAUGACUACGAUAUCUGCUAUGGGUUUUGGAUGCAUGUUUUUUUGGAUGUCGAGCUCAGUCUGAACUGGUGCUGGUGAGCUCUGGCACUACGUCACGAGGGAAUCAUUUUAACUUUGGGUUAGUUUGAUAACCUGUCUACUUUAAAUGAUGCUUAUGACUUUCUCAGUAGUAUGUCCUUUAAAAAUGGUUCAUGUAUGGACGUUUUCUAUUACAACUCACAAUCUAAAGUGGAGGUUGUAUGUUUGAGCCAGUCCAGGGUAGGAACGGUGAGGCAUAGUUCGCAGUUACUGCGCGAUUUGUCAGGUUUAUUAGCUACAAGUGGAGCUGUCUUUCGUGUUCAGUGAUAAAACUUGUCUACAUUUAGUUGCCCAUGGAUUUUCUGGAAGCGUGCUUAUUUGAAGGUUAUCUUUGUGGUUAAACCUUCAUAUUAUUUCCAUCUUCAGUCAUUUCCUUCCCUUCUUUCUUCUUUUACAGUAGAAAUAUCAUCGAAAAACCAAAAUCAAUCAAAAAUCAUUGCGGAAUUCACCUGUAUUCGACAGCAUGAUACUGGCCUUUUUAGCUCCGAGAUUCUAGAGAAAAACAUUGCAAGGUUUCUUCCCCAGUUGCCAACUCUCAAGCCACGAUUGCAUCAUAUGUGCUGGUCCUUGUUUUUUGUUGAUUAAUUGAGACUCUGUCCCCCUUUCCUGGAAACUUGACAUGGAUUGCUUAUUAAUGAUUCCAAUUGGCAUAUCAGGUGUUGUUGCGCAGGUUUUCAGAAAGGAAUUAACCGACUUGUUUACUAUUUCAUGUUUUCUGUUUCUAACUUGUGUGCGAUGGAUCUCGAAUGAGUUGACCGGAUUUCUUGCAUUGGGAACUGUUCCUUAACACACACUAACUGUGAUUGCUCCAAAGUUACUCUGUAUUUGUACUGGGGACUCUUUGAUGAUGCUAUGUUUGUCUAUCCACAGGGUGGUGGAAAAUCUAUGGUGUUUCUUUUUGUGACUAUAUGUAAUCUCUUCGUUGCUUGCAAAAAGUUCUGGCAUGUUCUUUUUUCCUCAAUGUUAGAUGGCUGCUUUUGUUACAUCUUUUAUGGACAAGUUAACAAUGACAGUCACUCCCGAAGGCCUUUCACAUUAGUCCAGAUUGUUGACUUUGAAAUUUUUAUUAUUACAGAAACUUAAAAUGUGUACUUCCUUUUUUAAAUACUGAGUUUGGGUUAUGAAUUGAAUAUCGUUGCUUACAAUGUUUCCAGAUUUGAUAUCAAAGGAUAUAUAACUGGCUUUGGAAUUCCUGAAUGGUCAAAGACGCAUGAGCCUGCAGAUUGGUCAUCUCCGGCAGUUUCGAUUCUCAUAAAUGGUGGCGCCACAUGUGUUGGCAAAACGGUUAUUGAUGAAUUGGGUUAUAGGUGAACUUUCUUCAACAAAGACACACAUGCAUAUAUAUGUAUAUAUAACUGAAUAAUAUGCCUUUAACUCAAGUUUGAUUUGUAUGGUAACUAUAGCUUCUAAUUCAGUGUCUAAAAAAACGAUCCUUCUUUUUCUUUCAUCUGCUGAUGUACAUCAUGUUUACUGGCACUAUCUAUUACUUACCUCUUUUUUAACUUCCAUAAAUUUUAUUUUCAGUAUAAAUGGUGAAAACAAACAUUUUGGUGCACCUGCUAAUCCUGUAGCACUGGAUCGCAUUCCUGGGGGCUCCUCUAGUGGAUCUGCUGUGGCUGUUUCUGCAGGCUUUGUAGAAUUCUCCUUGGGUAAGCUAUUCUUGCUAUUUGCACUCAAGAUUUUGAAGGCCACGAGGACAGUUUUUAUUUUUCGCGUAUCAUGAGUCAUCAGUUAAUUGUUUUCCAAUAAACUCAAAUGGUUAAUUGAAUUGCCAUUUCUUGUGAGAUCUAAGAAGCAUCUGAUACACAGAGAUUAUAGAAGUUUUCUCAGAAGGUUGAUUGGAGUUCCAUUUCUAUAGUCAGAUUCUCUCCCUCCUGGAUGAAGAGUAAAUUAGUGGGUGUUGGAUGCUUUCUAUUAUGUUUUCUGUAUUGAUCUGUAGGAAGGUGCACAUUUGCUGCCAUUUCUCACCCCACUUUCCGUGGUUUGAGGGUGAUUGCUAAUGCAGAACGAUAUUACUCUAAAAGAAUCGCAUUUAAAGGAUUAAUGCCUGCUGCUAAUGCUUAUAGUUUUAUUCUCAUGUCCAUGGCCGGCAUUGCCUCAAUCUUACUGCGAUGGGUAUCUAACUGUGAGAGAUUGGCUUGGAAGAUAGGUAUUAUGUUGGAAAUGGGCCUCUCAGUUUGGUUAAGAAGAAAUAUGUCUCUUAUUUAUACCCUUUCAACGGACCUUGGUUGAGAAUUUGAUUGGAGAUAGCAAUAUAGUUGAUAUGUAACUGGUUUAGCGGAUCAUGUAAUGUCCCUUUUCCGAUAGAAGAGGUCCAUCUAGUGAUUGAACUUUUAAAGGUCUUUGGCCGGAGGAAUGGUAGAAUAGUAUUAUUGGCGGUGGACAUGGUCUGCCAAAGCACGCCUUGAAUGCCACCAUUGCUGAUUAAACAUGGCUUGAUAGAGAAGAUGCCUUUCACCUCGUUGCAGUUCCUGCUGAUGGUGCUGCCACGGUGUACCUAUUGUAUGAGUAAAUGAGCUUAGUUACUGAUCUGCAUGUCAAAUAUACGUUCAUGGGGCCUCCUGAGUGUGAAAAAAAUUCAAGCCAUUAAACCGAAACCAAUUGGAAAUGAGCUGCGUAGGCCCAUAUGUUUAAGCAUUUGUGAUUGACAUUAAAUUUUCUGUGUAAAAUGAUUUGAGGAUGUCUCGUCACCUGACAUAUUUAACUUCUACCUUUUGACGUGAGACUUCUAGCAACAAGUGCAGUGCUUUCUUUUCUCUUUUACUAAUGUCUUUUGGGUGCAUCAAUAUUCUGGAUGAUGAAGGAUGAGGACAACUCCGUGGAAGAGAAGAAACUGAUGGGGGAGUUGGCUGAAGAACAUGAGGAAAUUAUGCAGUUUCCUAGAAGAUUUGAGGUCAAAAAUGAGAUCAUUUUGGCCUAGCCCUAGUAUUUUUGGGUCGUUUUUUCAAAACUGGAACGAAGUCUGGUCAGGAUGAUUUUAAGGUUUAUCGAAAGGGUCAGUUGACCAUGUACCUCUAUUGCCAGGUGUUGAUAACCUGAUCUAUUCUCCGUAAACUCAAUGUCUUCUUCCAACUACUAUUUUUCUUGACCCUAAAAUGGUCAGCAGAUGUUUAAAUGUCCAAUCAGUGCUAAAACUGGGAAAUGAUCAGUUCUUCCUUAAGCAUAAAUAGUUAACUAUAUAGACUACAUGAUCUAGUGCUUAAUGCUGCAUUAUUAUGUUGUCUCUGGGCUCCAUGAAAUCAGACUGCGAUAUUUUUUUUGAUAUUGAUUCAUAGAUUGCCCGUAUCCUAUGUGUGCAUUAUUUAAUCAUUAAUCCUCAAUGUGGUUUCAUUGGUCAGUUCCUAGGAUUGAUUAUGGAAAAGUAGUGAUACAUGAGCACUAUCACAUAGAAGGAGAUGAACAUGCCAUGAUGAUAAAGAUACAAAGCCACAAUAUAAGAAAAACAAAAUGAGCAGAAUAAAUGAGAGGACUUAGAUAAAUCUUGUAUUAUCUCAAGAAAAUUUAUUUGUUGUUUUUUGUCAGUGAGCUUUUAUUUUAUGUAAUUGUCUGUCAUGACUAACUGGAGUUGCUUGGUGGCACCAACAAAUUGUAUUUUCCAACAUUUUUAUAAAUGUAUAAUAGCUGCCACUUUCACAUUAUUUGGAAAGUACGUUGUGUAAAUUACUGAGCCAAUAUCAUUCAAGUUCCUCAAGUGAGGAUGGUUUGCUAUCUCUCUGGUAGGAAUCAAGGUGGAACAAGAUUUACGAAACUGAAAUCGCAUGGAAUAAUGCUUCGAAAUAGUUGACCUUGAAAUCUCCCCAGUGUAAACGUAUACUGUUGGUCAAGCGAGUUAUUUAUUUAGAUUUACUCUAUCCUGUUUGUCAAACUUUGGGCAACUCUUCCGGCGUCUCUCUCAUUUCUUUCUCCCGAAUUUAUUUAGAAUUUAUGUUAGCUUAAUGAGUUGGCAUUCUUCAGAAGACUCUCUCACUAGAAUGUCUUGUUUACCAAUUAUGGUUUAUCUUUUAUGCAUUAUCUGUACAAUCUUGUGCAAUCUGCUGACAUCAAUGUGAUGCGUUCAGGUAUUGAUACCAUUGGUGGUGUCAGACUUCCUGCUGCAUAUUGUGGUGUCCUGGGGUUCCGACCAUCAUUUGGGGCCAUUGCUAACACUGGUGUACUUCCUGUGUCACCAAGUUUAGAUAGCAUAGGUACCUAUUUGGUCUUCUUUAUUUUAUUACCAUUAUUGCUGAACCAUCUUUUGGAUAUUUCAUCAUAUUGUUGCUUUAUUUGAUGCUACGAUAUUAUGCCUACAGGAAAUGCUUCUUUUUCAUCCAUGAAUGGAUUUUGUGGAAAAUUAAAAUUUGAGAGACAGUGAAGUCACUGUAAGAUUACUGCCUUUAGAUAAUGUAGGAAACCCUGGAUGCUUUACUGUGUUUCAAGUGAAAUAUAUAUGAUCUUUUUUGGGGGGCAUAUAGUUGGCUGGUUGAACGGAGUGUGCAUAUAGCUUUUGAUUCUUCUAGUGUACUCGAGAAAUAAAUCAUCUUCGUGAUACCAAUGUCUGAUUGGAGGGUAGAAGUUCGUGUACUACUUGCUGGAGGUACUGAUCACAGGUAACUGGUCUUUGAAGUCCUCUUGGUAUUAUGCAUUAUGCUCAUAAUCGUGUUUAAAAGGCUGGAUUAACAAUCCAAGAAAAACGAGGCAAGUUUUGCAGGAAUAGACAAGAGAAUGCAUUGAUAUGUGGUAAAAAGUUACUUUCGUUUAUGUUGGUGGAAUGUUCUCUCUCUAUCAAAUAUCAGGAUUCUUGCAUGAUGACCAUUUGGGGCACAUAUGUAAUGUUUCAAAGAAAAGCACAAUGUUUAUUUAGCUGAAAGUAUUUCUUUAAGGUCGAGGAUUUUUUCAUUUGGAAUAUUCACAUGAAUAUAUAUAUUUCGUAUACUCUUCUAGUCCACUCUUCAAAUAUAAUGGGUUUCUCUACCAUGCUGCCCACUUACCACAAUCUGCAUUUUAGAAGGUUUUCUUACACUUUGUUCGUGUUAUGUUACGAACCACCCGAGAUUUGGGCGAAUGUAUGCCCUAAUCCUACCUUAGACGUGGCUCCACUCAUGGAAUCAAUUCUUCUCUUGUAUUGAAGAACCAAGUAGAAGAAUUAACAGUGAAGAAUGGAAAGAAAGUAGAGGCUCGCAGAAACUAGGAUGAGUUCUUGAGGUCAUAUCAAUCCUCAAGAACAAGAGAGCCCAAAUAUGGACCUCCCCAGGGAUAGAUCUCCCACUCUACUCCUAUGUUUUUCUUCCUCCCUUUUUAUUUUGGGCCUCUUCUAUAUUUAUAGGCCCUAGUACAUUAUUCUAUGGUGGUCCCCCCUCAACAUGGGGGUCUAGGUCAUCUUGUGUAGACGACGGUUGACUUCAUUACAUUACUUCCCCCCAUAAAUUUCACCCUAUCCACAAAGUGAGAUGUAGUGAAUUGUUGAAGGAAUGUUGAUAAUGUCAUCCAUGACGAUUCAAACUGUAGAAGAUGUUUUUAUGAAACUAAUAUCUCUGCGUCUUGAGGAGUCAACUUGUGAUCUUUUAUUCCAUCUGGUAUUAUUAUCUAUUCUUGAUCUUCUGAUAGUGUCAAGGGAAUUGAUUGGCUUCUGUUGUCUAUUCUAAGUGUCUUUUUAAGUUGGGAUAUAUGGAACAUCGGGUGAAUAGUUGAAUGGUCUGGCAAUUGGAGUUUAUAUGUCACUGGUCUAAUUCUUUCCAGAAUAGAAUAUGGACAAAAAUAGUGAGGAUUUAACUUCUCAUUUUUCUUUUUCGCUGAAGAUCUCAUCUGGUAUGGUUUGAUCUCGAGGAAAAAAAAAAACCAAAUCACCCACCUCUAAUUCAACUUCUCUACGAUGCUUAUCUGUAUUAAACUUCAUCCUCACAUGUGCUUUGUGUAAGUUGAAUUUCAUAAUCUUGAGGAUAACAUCUCGUUUUGAGGGCAGUUGAUUGAUAGCAUCAAGGGGUGAAUGAGAUGUCCCAUAUUUAAUAAGUUUUAGAGGUCUCUAUCAUAUAUUACUUGAAAAAGAGUCAUUUUAAUAGAAGAAUGAUAAAAAGUAUUAUAACUAUAUUCUAUCUAAUGAAGUCAUAAUUUUCACUAUUUUUGUUUAUCAAAUACCACACUUCUCAAAUAAUUUUCUAAGCAUCUGUUGACUACUUCAAUUUGUCUAUCUGUUUGAAGGUGGUAAGAAGAGCUGAAUUUGAAUUCAGUCCUUUAUAAUGUGUGUAGCUCAUGCCAAAAUACACUUAAGAAUAAUUGUCUCUUAUUAGAGACCACUGUCUUUGGAAACCCAUGAAGCCUUACAAUUUCCUUGAUGAAUAUUUGAGUGACCUCCUUGACUGAGAAUGGAUGAUGCAGGGCAAUAAAAUGACUAUACUUGUUUAAUCUAUCCACUACUACUAAUAUUACAUUCGACUCAUAUGAUUUGGGCAAGCCUUUAAUGAAAUUCAUUGAGAGGUUUUCCCAUAUUUAGGUAGGUGUAGGUAAUAGUUGCAGAAGUCCAACUGGCAAUAAUGAAGAAGAUUUACACUACAAAAAAGUAGGACAAUUGUUGAUAUAUGCCUUUAUAUCUCUCUUCAUUCCUUGCCAAUAGAAUUGUUGUGAAAUUUUAUAGUAUGUCUUUUGGAACCUAGAAUGACCCCCCACUAGGCUGUCAUGAAAUAAUUGUAACACUUUGUUAAUUAAAAGAGAAUGUGUUGGAAGAACCAAACUUUCUUUUUAUAGCAAGGAUCCAUCCUUCAAAAAAUAUAAUUCAUUUGAUGUAUCUCCCUUAGACAAAGAGGUUUUAAUCUUUUUAAGCCUAGUGUCUUGGUCUAUUGUUAGUCAGACAACUUCGAGAUCAAUGGAGUGAUGUGCUAUUACCUCAUUUAGUUCAACUUGUAGUAGUAAUGAACAUCAAAAUAAUGCAUCUAUGGCCUUAUUGUUAUUCCCUUCCUUAUAUUUAAUUUCAAAACUAUAGCCCAUCAAUUUCACUUAUCAUUUAUGAUAUUCAACAUAGAUUUCCUUCUGUUCAAGUACGAAUUUAAGAUUGUACUAGUUUGUUUUAAUAAUAAAAUGUUGACACAUAAGAUAAUGUCUCUAUUUCCUUGCUGCCAACAUUAUGACCAACUCUCGCUCAUAGGCCAAUUUCAAUUUGGCUCUCACUAGAAAUGCGUGACUAAAAUAAGCUAUUGGGUGCUUUUGCUACAUGAGAAUGGCCUCAACACCUGAUUUAGAAGUGUGAAUUUCCACAAUAAAUUCUUGUAAAAAGUUUGGUAGUGCUAAUACCGAGGCCAUAGUCAUUGCUUGUUUAAGGGUAGAGAAGAUGGCUUGUGCUUCUUUUGACCAAUAGAAUGCAUCUUUUCUUAAUAAUUGCAUCAGUGGCCACGCAAUUGAAGCAUAGUUGGUAAUAAAUCUUCUAUAAUAUCCAGUGAGCCCUAGGAACCUAUGAAGUUCCUUAAGAUUUAUAGGAAUCGGCCAAUUAGUCAUGGUAGAUAUCUUCUCCUUAUCGACUUCUACUCCUUCCGCUAACACUCAAUGGCCCAAAUGCUUUGGUUUGCUUUCUCCAAAUCUACAUUUCUUGACAUUAAUAUGAAGAGAAUUUUUAGAGAGAAUAGUAAAUAUCUUUCUCAUAUGAUGUAGAUGUUCAGCAAUUGUGACAUUGUACACAAGUAUAUCAUCAAAGAAAACUAGUACGAACUACCUCAAUUGAUGUUGAAAUAUUUAGUUCAUAAGUGAUUGAAAGGUUGUUGUUGCAUUUGACAAUCUGAAAGACAUGACUUUAAAUUCAUAAUGGUUGUGAUGAGUCUUGAAUGCUGUCUUAGGUACAUUUUUCCUUUUCAUUCUGAUCUAAUAAUAUCAUGAUUUUAAAUCCAGUUUUGGAAAAACUGAUUUCCCAUGUUGUUCAUCUAAUCGCUCAUCUACUACUAGAAAGGGGUAUCUGUCAGGAACAAUAGCUCAGUUCAAUGCUCAAUAAUCUAUACAAAACCUCCAUUUACCAUCUUUUUUCUUGACUAACAAUGCAGGGCUCACAUAAAGACUAUGUGAAGGUUGUAUGACCUCUGUUGAUAUGAGUUCUUGGAUUAGUGUCUCAAUCUUGUAUUCUCGAUGAUAGAUGAAUGUCAUGGUCAAUAAGGCGCUUGGAUGGCAUUUUUGUCAGUGCUUCGAAAACGUUAGGAAAUUCUUAUUUUAGGCUGAUUUCUAGAUCACUGGGUGCAUUAGUGUCCCUAUUUGAGUUAAUAGGAUGCAAUUCAACCAUAUAUGUAUUGUUGCUCUUAAGUUACUUCCUUACUUUUCUUGGUAAUGUACUAAUUUUUGUAAUACUAGGUCCCCCUUUGAAGAUGUGAAUUUUUCCUCCCAUCAUGAAUCUCAUUAUGAACUUCUUAUAGUUGGUUAGGAUCCACCUUAAAGUUCUCAACCAUUGUAUGCCUAAAAUCACAUAUGUGCCACUCAAUUCUAGUGGCAAGAAAUCUUGUAUUAUUAAAACACCUUGUGCAUGGAGAGGAAUAGCCUUGCAAAUUGCUGCUCCUACCAUUGUGUUGCCAUUGCCCAUAAUUAUACUAUAGUCGUUUAACUUCUCCAUUUGUAAGGAUAAGUUGUCAAUUAUUUUAGUGCACAAUCAAUUGUGAGUUGCCCCACUAUCAAUGAGUACAAACACUUCGGUAUCAUGAAUUUUGCCCCAUAGUUUCGUAGUCCCUUGCUGAGUAAUUCCCAUCACUGAAUUUAAGGACACAUGUGCAGUGAAGGCAUUCUCAUCCGUGUUGAAUAUGGCUUGAUCAAAAAAUUCCCACCCUUUCUUAGUGUUGUCAUCCUCUACACUCUUUUGGUCUUCAUCCACAAUAAUAAUAUUCAGCUCUUUUUUACAACGAUGUCUUGGAGCGAAUUUUUCAUUGCAAUAUGAGCAUAGUACUUUAUCUCUUCUCUUUUGAAAUUUUUGAUCCAUCAAUUUGAGUAUCUUGUGGUUACUCACAAGUGGCUUGGAUGUCAUGGAAUUUCCCCUUUAUGUGCCUUCAGCUGAAUUCUAAUAAUCUUUCUUGAAAUUACAUCUGUUACUUGUAUUUUGGAAUUCUCUUUUGUAAGAAUUAUGACCUGGUUCCCAAAGAAUUUAUUUCUGCUACGUCUGUUUUCCUGAAGAUGAAUCUUAGCUUGAAUUGAUAAAUCCAUUAUUUCUCUAAACCCCAAUGGCUUAUGCUUUGUCAAUUCAGAUCUGAUGUCUAGUUUCAAACCCCUGACGUAUGCAUCCUCUAAUAUUUCUGUGUAUAUGAGGUAGAAAGGCUGCAAUUCAUUCAAAUUCAAGUAUGUACUCUCUUACUGAUGUGGUUUGUUGUAAACUCAUUAGUUGUUGCAGUGAACUCCUUGUCUUGGACAUCUUGAACCAUUUCCUCAAUUGGCUCUUGAAGUCAUGCCAAUCUUGAAAUGAAAACCUAUCUUCUAUCCAGAGAUACCAUUCUAGGGCUUCUCCCUCCAUAUUCAACAUAAUUUGCUUGAGUCUAUCAUGUUCUGGCAUAGGGUUUAGGUGGAAAUAUCUCUCAGCAUGCCUGAUCCAUCCCUUAGGGCCAUCUCCUUGGAAAACUGAUAACUCUAUCUUCUGAUUUAUCUGUGUUUAGCCAUCUUGUGAAGCUUGGCUUGAAUGAGUGGUGCCAUUAUAUGGUUGCCUAGUUUCCUCUCUUGGAUCUUCAUUUGUAUGCGAACUGGAGUGUGCAUCCCUUGUGAAAAAUUUCUAGAGAAUCUGGUUGAGGAUUUUUCUUUGCUCGAUUAAGGAUUGUUCUUGUUUAGCAUACCCUUGUUUUAGGGAUGCGACCUCUUCUUCUAACAAAGCCACCUGAUGUGCCUUAGACCUAGUGAACAUCUGCCAUCAAGAUAGGUUUCAAUUUGUACUAGAUGAUCGUUCUUCUUGCUGUAAAUCUGCCAAAUCUUCUUCCAAUACUCUGACUCUGUGGAAUUACGGUUGAACGAAAUCGUUUUAAGAAUUGCCUUUGUUUCUUGAAUUCGUUGUAGUCCGAACUUGGAAAGAAUUUCUCCUUCAGCCUUGCUAAUUCAAUCUCUAUUAGGGUGCCGAACAGAAUCUUGCUCCCGUACUCGCGGUAAUUGCUCCGAGCUCCCGCAAAAAGACCAGGAUGUCCUGCUCUGAUACCAAUGUUACGAACCUCCUAAGAUUUGGGCGAACGUACGCCCUAAUCCUACCUUAGACAUGGCUCCAUUCAUGGGUUCAACUGUUCUUGUAUUGAAGAACCAGACAGAAGAAUUAACAAUGGAAAAUGAAAAGACAGUAGAGGUUAGCAGACAAUAGGAUGAGUUCUUGAGGUUAGAUCAAUCCUCAGGAACAGAAGAGCCUGAAUUGAACCUCCCCAGGGACAGAUCUCCCACUCUACUCCUCUGUUUUUCUUCCUUCCUUAUUUCGAGCGACUUCUAUGGUGGUCUCCCCUCAACAUGGGGGUCUAGGUCAUCUUGUGUAGACCACGGUUGGCUUUGUAACAUCUUGUCUGACCAUGAUUCUAGUUUUCUAGUUGUCACUUACGUGUUUAUAUUUAUCAUAUAUUCAUCAUCUUGUAUAUCUUUCUAAUGCAGGAGUUUUUGCUAAAGAUCCGAGUAUCUUGCAUCGUGUGGGGCAUGUGUUACUUCAGCUUCCAUGCUCUGAAAAACGCCAGCCUAGGCAUAUCAUGAUAGUUGAUGACUACUUUCAGUUACUUAAGAUACCAGCAAAUCGGAUUACUCAGGUGGUGACUAAAUCUACCGAGAAGCUCUUUGGAAGUAUGUACUGGAUGGAUGGCACUUUACCGAGAAUACUGGUUCUUUUGGAUGCUCGUUGUUUUCUUGCUAAUCAAUAAAACUGCUUAAUAUUUUUUUUGCAAUUUGUGCCUCCAGGACAAGUCCUUAACCACAUAAAUCUAGGGGAUUAUUUAGCUGCAAGGGUUCCCAGUUUGAAACAGCUAAAUGAUGGGAUUCAAAGCAGUGACCAGAAACUUAGAUCGCUAAAGUCACUUGGAAAAGCUAUGCAAAUGCUACAGAGGUGAGUGCUUCAAAUUCUGUUCAAAUUCUGUAAAGUGGCGUGACUAAGACGCUAAAUGUCUCUUUUUCUUGCACUCGGAGAUUCGAUACUAUGCUUGUAAUUUCAUGGCCAAACCACACAUAAGAUUUACUUAAAUGCUAUUCUUUUACCCUUAGUGGAGCCUUCGCCUCAUCUACACAUUUGAUGGAAAUUAAUGUUUAUAUAUUUUUGCAUCGAAGAUUUUGAUGGAAAUCACAGUUUUUAGCAAGAUAACAUAACACGAUGGGCAGAAUACUCUUUUGCAAAGUUCUUCUACCGUUAUAUAUUAUGGUAACGUCUCUUCGAAUUUAAUCAUAGGAACACUAUAGCAUCAUCCGUUAUAGUUCUACCACACAUUUUCAAGUUAGACAGCUUCUCUCACCCGAGCAGGAAUAUAAGGACCAGUAGAUGCAAUUGUAAACCUCAUGCUGUGGUUUUGGUGUUUCAGUGGAAAAUAAGAAAAACCAACUCAACUGCUAAAAUCCAAAUCAUGUUACAAGGUCUCUAGCCAGAUCAUUAUGACUUUGGAUUUAUAAUGAUGCUGUGUCCCAGGUCCAAUCAAGAAGUAUUUGUGUUAUAAUUUGUAUUUGCUUUUCACUUCUCAAACUCUGCCAUUUGAUACUUAAAGGAUGUAAAUAUAUUCAAGUGAGGGGUUGUCUUUUCUCACUAGAUUACAUAGAGCAUGGUGGUGUCACAACAAAUAACAUUCAUCCUUCGUUCCUUAAACAUAGAAGUUCAUCCAAUCUUUGAAUCUCCAGAACUAAGACAUAACCUACAAACUCAAAGGGUUUACCGCCACUGAACUGGUCCUCCAUAAAAGAGAGUUCCAUUUGUCAAAUGUUGGUUACCCCGAAUGAAGACAAAAGUCUUUUCCUAAUGUUCUCCCCAGAUUGCCCAUGACAUAGUUGUGGCAGUAGUUUCAGCAAAUUCAAUUCUUAAGGAGUGCAUUUUUAAAUAUAUUUCAUUUUUCUUGAUAUCAUUAAAAAAAUAUUAUCAUGUCAAAGAAACCCAUAAUCAGUAAUUGUUUCCAUAGCUUAAACGAUCUGAUAUAAAUUCCAACAAGAGAUGAUCAAUAUCUCAAUAAGAAGCCCAUAGAAAGAUAGUCUCCUGGGGUACAAUCUCCUGUACUAUUUUCUAUUUGAUGAUCCUAACAUUGAGUGGGAAGAGUUUUAUGGAUUAUAUUAUUUCUCCGAGCUUCAUGCAUAACAUCUGUCAAACUACCAAUGAAGAAUCUCUUUGAGAAGCUCCCCUUGGCGGUCUGUUUCCUGCUUUAUUCUGCAUCAUCUUUCAUAAUAUACCCUAGGGUUUUGUAUUGCUGCAGCUUUGGCGGCUUCUCAUGUUCAGCAUCAAUACAACUACCCCGAAAUCAAGGGUAGUUGUCACAUCAUUUUCAUUUUCUUAUGUCAUCAUUUUCAUUGCCUUGUAUUUAUAUUACUACAUUGCCUAUGUAAAUGUUUCGCAUACGAAAGGAACCUGUCCACUUAUUGCACUUGUUGUGCAUAGGAUCUUCAUUAUCUCGUAAUAUAUAAUUUUAGACAGCAUACUCAUUUUCUUUCUCCUUUUAACGACAGUCAUGAAUUUAAAAGCAUCCAUGGGGAGUGGAUUGGAUCUGUCAGACCUGCUCUUAGUUCAUUUUUAUCAAAGCAGUUGGAUGCCUUAUCAGAGACUAGCAGCUUCACAAUUGAGCGCUGCCAAUCAGUAAGGAACGAGAUGCGGCUGGCUCUCAAUGCUUUACUAAAGGUAACAUUCUUGGAGGCGCAUACAUCAUAUAUGCAUUUUUUUAUGAUUUGGUGACACCCUUCGAUCUUUUUAAUGGUUUAUAUGUCAUGGUAUUUAGCUGGGAUGGCCAGCGUCAGAUUAGUCAAUGCUCAGAUGAGUUUUUUUAAUGUUUAUCCACGAAAAUCCCAUCUGGAGACGUAAAAAAUUAUAAUAUCUCGCUACAGAAAUAGUUGAUUUUUAUUUUUUUUGUGGGCUGCUUAAUUCAACCGAUGCAUUUCAUAAAAUCCUUGACUAGCACUUGUGAGAAAUGUUGUGCAGGAAAUAUAUAUUACUUUUGAAAGAAAACGAGUGCUGGCCAAGUAGGCUUAUUUACAUGCGUUGAUUAGCUUCCAGGCCAGUCUUCGGAUCUUACCAAAGGUUAAAUGAGCUUCGUGGUACCUGCGACUGUACUAAUGUUGCACAGAGCAUUCAUCGCAUUUCUUAAUGAUGGUUUCUCCCAACCAAUAUUUUCUCCAUAGAGAGAUUCACCUCCCGCAAUACUCUUACGCCUUCCUGGUCAACCCUGUUUCCCUUCCUUUCUGUCAUCAACUGCUCUUGACCCAUCCCUGGUCGCAUCUAUUGAAAUGCUAUCAUAUCUCGGCUCCCAUUAUCAAUCAAACUCUGACCCCAGUCGAUGCUUCAAGAUGGAUUUCCUAUGCCUUGCACGCAGAGGUCUUGGUGUUGUAUAAUUAGCCUCAGAUGGUCAUACAUACUUUUAAUAAAGUUCCUAAAUAUUUGCCUACUAUUUAUUCCAUUGGGAACAAUUUCCGAGAUUUAAAAACAGGUUGUGGUCGAGAAUAGCCCUUCCGGUAGUUCUAUGCAUAUCGAUUAGAUAAUAGUAAUAGAUGCGAGAUUUUAUCUAAUUUCAUGAAGGGGGAUUUAUCCUGAGAAUUUAGGUUUUCUGAUUGAAAAUGUGGAUCUUCUGCGGUAGGAGCUUGUACAAUAAUGUUAACUCUGCCGCGGAUCAUACUCUAAAAAUGAUCUAAAAUGCUGCCCAUUCAUGGAUCUUCAUGCAACAUGAUGUAUCUUUUAAUUUCGAGAGCUACUAGUGUAAUGACCCUUCACAAACGUGAGAUUAUGCUCUUUCCUGACUUACGCUCGCUUCCAAAUGACUGGUUCAUUUCACACCUGCGCCUGCGUGGUUUAUCCUAUAAAUCUUGUCCUCUGCCAUUCUUAUUAUAUUGUCCACGUGCAGGAUGAUGGACUCCUUGUGAUUCCUACAGUUCCAGGAUCUCCUCCCAAAUAUGGUUCCAGAGAGAUACUUUCAGACGACUACCAAAUAGCUGCACUGUCCCUUUUAGCUAUUGCCAGCAUGUCCGGUUGCUGUCAGGUAUACUCUCCCUCUCUCUCUCUCUCUCUCUCAUACACGACCAGUGUCAAUUGAGCUGUGCCUUGCCUCCGAUUGCACUGCAGGCAACCAUCCCUCUGGGGUUCCACGAGAAGAGCCCUGUCUCAGUUUCGAUCAUUGCUAGGCAGGGAGGCGAUCGAUUUCUGCUGGAUACUGUCCAGGCCAUCUAUGCCUCACUUCAGGAACAUGUCGACAAUUUGGUGAAAUCUAGCUCAUCAAGUAAGACCAUUAGCCUUGAAGAAUCUGCCGAGCUGGCGAAAGAGAAGGUAGGUAAUUAGUGUCCUUCCAUUUUUAUCCCGGAGAAAGAAGUAAUACCAUUAGCCUUGAAAUCUAGCUCAUCAAGUAAGACCAUUAGUGUCCUUCCAUAAUCGCCAUUCUAUGUUGCAUUACUCGAUCUGAUAUUGUUAGUAUAAUCGCAUUAGAAAAUUGAAAAAAAUAAAAACUAUGAUUCUCAUGGAUCUCCUCCACUUUCUGCGGCCUAGUCUUGAUCUAGAUGUCUUAAUUUCUUGCAUCAAAAAGUGAAAAAAUAGAAAACAAGCUGUUCCACAGAUGGCCCCCUCUUCUCUUGUUUCAAUUGGGUUUGAGCUGAAUUCUGUCAAUUCUCCACCGGACAUCUUUAGAUUCAACAAAUACUUCUUUCUCAGAUUUCAUGUAUAUUUUUCUCCGAACUUUGGUGUAUUUUCUCUGAUCAGAAUAUUCUUUCUCGCGGUACAGGGUAACGCCGCUUACAAAGAUAAACAGUGGCAGAAGGCAGUAAGCUUCUACUCUGAAGCAAUUAAACUGAGUGGCAAGAACCCUACCUAUUACAGUAAUAGGGCCGCUGCCUACCUGGAGACUGGGAGGUACCCCCCCACUCUUCUUGCUCCCUCCCACUUCAUUGUCUUCUCCAUCAUUUUUUAACUAAAUUCUUUUAUAAUUUUCUUCCGCCAGUUAUCUUCAAGCAGAAGCAGAUUGCAGCACCGCCAUCAGCCUGGAUAAAAAGGUCAGCGGCGCCAAUUCUGGGCUCUUGCUUUGACUUCUGUCGAUCACCAUUGUAAGGGUCACUGGAUUCCCUUGUAUGUAUGCUCACCACCUGCAUCUAUGGAUGAUGACCUUUCAGGGUGUGAAGGCUUACCUGCGUCGGGGCACGGCCCGGGAGCUUCUGGGCUACUACAAGGAUGCUGUGGAAGGUGCCUCUCUCUCUCUCUCUCUCUCUCUCUCUAGCUAUCUAUCUAUCUAUCCAUCGCGCUGAUGAGAGAGGUGGUGGUGUGUGUUCGGUGAUGCAGAUUUCAAAUAUGCUCUAGUUCUUGAGCCGACGAACAAAACGGCGAAUGUGGCGCUGAGUAGAUUGCAGAAGCUUUUCCAGUGA